AUGCGGGUGCACACCGUCAUGAUCGCUGUGUCCGAUGAGAUACCAUUCGAACUAUUUUGGCCAAUGGUCAAGGAUGACAUAGUUGGCGCGGUGCGCGAGCUGUGUCCACGUGGAAUGCCGGGAAUGGAGGAGGCAGUCCAAGCCGGCGUUGCCAAUAACGGUAUGGGGCCGAUUGCACAGAAGCUCACGCAGCAGGAGGCCGAAAACUUGGCGACGCGCGUUGGACACGUGGCCUGCAUCCAAGCAAGUGCAUGUCCGCCUGCAGAGGUCAAGAUUGCAGUCAAGCCCAAGCCUCUAGCCGUUCCCAGUCGGCUGCAAAAGUAA